CAAAGUCAAAACUAUGUCUGGACGUGGAAAGGGUGUUGGAGGAAAGGUAAAAGCCAAGGCUAAGAGCCGGUCUUCCCGGGCUGGGCUUCAGUUCCCUGUCGGUCGUGUCCACAGGCUGCUGAGGAAGGGCAACUACGCCCAGCGUGUCGGUGCCGGAUCUCCGGUCUACCUGGCGGCGGUGCUCGAGUAUCUGACUGCUGAGAUCCUGGAGCUGGCAGGAAACGCUGCCCGCGACAACAAGAAGACCAGAAUCAUCCCUCGUCACCUCCAGCUGGCUAUCCGCAACGACGAGGAGCUUAACAAGCUGUUGGGCAGAGUGACCAUCGCUCAGGGCGGCGUGCUGCCCAACAUCCAGGCGGUGCUGCUGCCGAAGAAGGCCGAGAAAGUUGCCAAAAAAUUAAACAUGACUGGACCCACACGAACUUGGCAGCAAGUCAAGACGAGAACAUCCUGCAGACGAUGGUCUGCAAUGCUGACUACCUGAUCAGCAAAGCCAGGCCACUUUGCCUGAAUGCGCACGCUGCUGGGGGAAAGAGGGCACGCUUCCAAUGCCUGAACCAUCUGAGGGUCAGUCCAGACAGAGCAUGCAAUAUUACUGUGGCUUGUGCUGUUCUCCAUACUGUGGCCUGU